AUGUUAAGUUUUGCGAAAUUACUUCAAAAAGCGCCUAUGAUAUGCUCAUCCACCAUUGAUUAUUAUUGUCACGGACCAAUUCAACCAUCAUGGAAUUUGAAGCUUUGUUUGAUGUUCAAAAUUGUAAAAGAUGGGUUUGCAUCACCAACCAGUCAAACUAUUGAAGAUCUUCAAGCAAUGUAUAAUACAAAAACAGCUGUCAAUGAUGGUGUACUUGUAAAUGAGCUGACAUUGUCAAAUUCACUUCGUAAAAAAUCAGAAAUUUACAUUGAUGAU